AAAUAGAGUUAUUUACCAUAUUACCUAUCAUUUUUAUGAUUGACAUCUGUAAAAAAUGCAACCAAUAGCUGGUCAAGUUGCUUUAGUUACUGGUGCAAGUUCUGGAAUUGGUGCAGCGCUUGUGAAACUGUUAGUGAAAAAUGGGAUGAAAGUUGUUGGGGUAGCAAGGCGGAAAGACCGCUUACUAGCGUUAUCGAAUGAAUUAAAAAAUGAAUCAGGAGAAUUUCAUUAUCUUCAAGUAGAUAUGACCAAGGAAGAUGAUAUUAAAAAAGUGUUCGAAUUUAUUCAAGACAAAUUUUCAGUAUUACAUGCCCUCGUAAACAAUGCUGGUGUAGUUCGACUUGAUUCCACUUUAAAAGAUGGUAGUACAGAAAGUUGGCGACAAGUUUUAGAUACAAAUGUGAUAGGUGUUUCAAUUGCAACACGUGAAGCUGUGCGCUUAAUGAGGAAAACUAAUGCUGAUGGUUACAUAAUACAUAUAAACAGUGUAUUGGGUCUUGGAUGUCCGUUGCCUGUUGGAAAAUAUGCUAAUAUGUACAUAGCUUCAAAACAUGCUGUAACGGCUAUGACAGAAACGUUACGACAAGAAUUAUUAGAUGAAAAUCUAAAAAUUAGAGUAUCGAGUAUAUGCCCUGGUGUAGUUGAAACAGAGAUGAUACAAAGUGUUAAAGGCACACCGAUGGAAAAAGCAUUAUCAGCAAAUGCACCAAGUUUAAAAGCGAUCGAUGUGGCUGAAACUGUUUUGUUUUUAUUAACCAGACCAUCUAAUGUAGAGAUUACACAAUUAACCAUUAAACCAAAAGGAGAACUAAUUUAAGAAUUUAUGUUUUUGAUAACGUGAUUUUAGAUAUGGUACUUUGACUUGUCCAGUAAAAUUUAAAAAGUAGUUUAGAAUUUAAAAAAAAAAAAAUAAGUAAAAAAAUA